AUUAUCUGGGGCACUCGAAGCACGAGGUUUAUCCCACGAGUUCUCCGCGCUUGAUUCUCCGAAGUUUCGGCUGAAAUUGCUCGGGUUUUAUCGCGUCGUAAGGAACUUUUUUGAUAGCAGUUCGGCGGUCUGAGAAGAGGCAAUUUAUCAGCAACAUGAAGUUCCUCGCUCUUGCGUUCCUGGUUUGUGUGCUGGCUCUAGUGGUCGCUCAGAAGAAGAAAGGCGAAGGCGAUAAGGACGCCAAAGAGGAGGAUGACACCCCCAAGUGCGGCGCCUGGGAAGUGUGGCGUUGCGCGAGCACCAACUGCUCCGAGACCACGUGCGAGGUUCCGACGCUCGGCCACCACUGUGCCAAGGACUGCGAGGAAGGGUGCUUCUGCGACGACGGAUUCUUCAGGGACGACCUGGGCAACUGUGUCACCUGGGACCACUGUUCGCGGGAAUGAUCCACUUUGGCACUCGUGGAUCAGAUUAGUGAGAGAUUAAGAAGCUGACGAUAGCCCGUUUCAACUUGAGUUCAAUCCAUAUGUCAAAAAUAAAGGUUUUAAAAAAAUAAAAAAAAUAAGAAAAACGACAUCUAGAGGC